UAGUUAAUAUCUCAAGGCAGCCGUAAAAAGCAAAACCCAGCGCGAGAUGUCUACUCUAAGACCGAUAGGACGUUGUAUAAGAUAUUUCCAAGGACGUCGCGCUGUUAGACGAUUUGCGUCAGCAGCAACCGUACCACUCAGUGAUCCUCAUCCUUCUAUUCCUGAUGCUGGAUCGCACAGCAGGAUACCGCCGGAACCAACAAAAGUCACUCACUUGGCAUCUGGAAUCACUGUGGCGUCCAUAGAGACGUACUCUCCUGUUUCACGUUUGGGGCUUAUUGUGGAAGCUGGUAGCCGCUUUGAAACAGAGAAGAAUAGAGGCGUUACGCAUUUUCUAAGAAAUUCAGCGUUUCUGUCAACAUCUGAUUACACUGCUUUCCGUAUUUCAAGAGAGACAGAGCAAUUGGGAGGCCAUCUAAGCGCGACUUCAACUAGAGACCAUUUCAUAUACAUGGGAGAUUGCAUGAGAAAUGAUAUUGGUGUCAUGAUGGAAGGAAUCUCUAGUGUUGCUCUUAAUUCAUCCUUUUUUCCAUGGGAGGUCUCUAAUCAAACUGCUCGUGUAGAGUUGGAUCUAAAACUGGCAGCAGAGUCUCCUACAAUUGGAAUUAUGGAAAGUGUUCACAAAGGUGCUUUUAGGACAACAUUGGGUAACUCUCUUUAUUGUCCUACGUACAACUUGGGAAAGAUCACAUCUGACCAUUUGCAUCAAUUUGUGUCUGAUCAUUAUCAACCAAAGAGAAUGGUAGUAAUUGGCAUUGGAGUGAACUCUGAUGAGUUUGUGAAGACUGUACAGGACACUUUCAGCUCUGCAAAAUCACCCGAAAAAGUGAUUGACAAACUGGCAAGUCAAUACCAUGGUGGAAGUGAACAUCGAGUGGAGACUGGAUCAGAGCUAGUGCAUGCAUGUCUUGCCACAGAAGGAGUUGGUUUGAGCAGCAAAGAUUUUCUUACCAGUGGACUGUUACAGAGGAUUUUGGGAGUGACACCAUUUAUCAAGUGGAGCCCUAACACGAUAUCAAGAGUCAAUAAAGCAGGAAGUGAAGCAGUUGGUGGAAAUCCAGCUAUGGUGACUUGUUUCAAUACAUGCCAUUCUGAUUCUGGUCUGUUUGGGCUGUAUGUGGUAUCCCAUGCAGAUGACGUUAGAAAGGUUUUAUCGGCUGCUGUCAACGAGUUCAGUGCAGUUGCUAAGGGCAACAUAUCUGAUGCUGAGUUAACAAGAGCAAAGAAUCAGUUGAAGGCUAGCAUUCUGAUGACCCACGAGAGCCAGGUGGAACUGCUGGAAGACAUCGGCACUCAGAUACUGGUCAAUGGGACGUAUACUGAUGCUCAUGCAGCUGCAGAUAGUGUGGACAAAAUAUCUGGUGAUGAUGUCGUGCAGGUUGCUAAAAGAUUUUUUGGCGGAAAACCAACAUAUGCUGCUCAGGGGAACUUGUGCAACACACCUUAUCUCGAUGAACUCAGGAGCUAAGACUAACGUGAUGGUAGAAAGACUUGGUAGUGGUGUGUCCUUGCUUGCUCUGUGUGUCAUAUAAAUGGUGGUCGUAUAAAUAUAUUAUUGGCCAGAAUCACGAA